UGAAAUGCUUGGUGUACUCCAAAAUGACGACAAAGUGAUUCAUAUUUGACUCAUAAACCGGAAAGUACUUUGGGCAACUAUUCAUCUCUUUGUGUUGGAACUGUUACUUUUACUACAAACUACAAAGCCAAUAUCGACCACAGUUAAAUGAGUGAAGUAAUACUGAAAAAGGCUAUAAAAUCAACGAGUUAUGAGAAAUAUCAAUUGAUCCUUUCUCUUUAAGAUCAUCGAGCACUGAACAGACAAGGAGGUGAGGGACCAUUCAUUUAAAAUUAGCGUUAAAUCAUUUCAACCGGGAAAUUUAAUGUGAAGUCAUCAAUACAGAGUAGCUAGACAGAUUAUUCUAGACGGCGCUCAAAAUGAAAACAAUAUUCCGACCGUAAUAAGUCACGCUAAAUGAAACGACAGUAUUUUUCACUUAAAAUUGACAACUGAACUAAUAAACCGCUCAAAGGGAAGUUUGCUAGAAUCAAACUAUCCUCAUCGAAAUUUCUAACUUCCUUCCUCUUGGAUUCAAGGAGCUCCAUACUCAAACAUAAGAAAUAUUCAGUCAUGAUAGUUAUUGACGUGACUGGGAUGACCCUCAUAAGGUUCUAGAACCAAUUGGAUAUCUUGUAUCUAAAACUAAGUAACUUUGUAACAAGUAAACAAACUGGUAACUUCUGGAAUACUGUUUAUAAGCUGCCUAUUAAAGAUUAAAUCGCUCCGGAGGUAAAUGAAAGAAGCUUUUGCGGAUCACUCUUAUGAAAGGAAAAAAGGGUAAACUUCUAGAAAAUUUACAGAGUUGUUUUAAAACAUCUCGCGUGCGAAUCAGUUAUUCAUGCACGUUUGAAUUUCCUUGUGGGUGUACGCUUGAUCACUGCGCACGGCUGUAAUCUCAGUUCGAUGCAGAAAGCGUGGCUUCUAAAGCUCAGAGAACACGUGCUUAAUCAUCCAACUGGAAAAACCACCACAGGUCAGAAAUCUCAACAGUAUAGCGCGUUUGUUUUAUUCAGACGAUGGAACGAGUGUAUUUAUUUCAACUCGGAAAAGCAAUACCGCACUUAUAUUGAAGAUAGUUCUUCGUUCGGCAUUCGUCUGUCCACGAAUGGAAAAGAACAAGCGAUGGAGGCCAUUCAGAGGCAGUCAACUCACAAAGCAAUCAAAGAAAGCUCUACAGAUCAGUUUACUGGCAUGCCGAGUUCAACCGAGAUCAAGUCAACUCCGAUGCCUCCAAUGGGUUCCAUAGCUCAGCGUUCACCAAAGUGUGCUCGGUGCCGAAAUCACGGGGUGAUAUCCAUACUCAAAGGACACAAACGGUUCUGUAAAUGGCGAGAUUGUGCAUGCGCGGAUUGCAAUCUCAUAGCUGAAAGACAAAGAGUAAUGGCCGCACAAGUGGCGCUCAGACGACAACAAGAGAGUGAGGAGGUUGGACAUCUUUCCUACGGCGCAGUACAGUUGUGUUUUAAUCAAAAUCUACAAAAGACACCAAGAAUCAUUCCACCCUCACCAACGUCCCCAAAGGAAGCUCAACUGCCAAGAACCGCAAGUUUGUCUUCUCGAUCAAGCUCGCCAAACAUUGACGAUACCAACAAUGAGCUAGGGUCUCCUGCAAGCAGCGCAAACGAUGAAUUUCCAAUGGAUAACAACACUGAAGGUUUCUCCACGAGAUGGAAACGUGAACGAGACGACGAUGAAGAUGAGCGGCGCCUGAGAAUGUCACCAGAAUCAAAAAGACAGAGACACGACAAGAUAUCUCUACAAAAUGGUGAGAGCAAAGUCAUGUCAAGCUCUGAUCAUUCCAGGUUCAUGAACAUCCUUACACGGCUCUUUCCAGAGCAAAAAAGAAACGUUCUGGAGUUAAUUCUAAAGGGUUGUGGAGGUGACGUUAUCCAGACAAUAGAGACCGUUCUUCCAAGUCACGAGGAAGCCCUUGCUCGGGGCCAGUUACUUGCCACUGUACCCAGGGGUCUCUUUCCCGGGCCUCCCCCGCCAUCUGGCUAUUCAGCCUUCCCGCCCAUGUCUCCCACUCUUUCUCACAAUAUUCCAUUGAGCGCUGUAGAGUACCACGCAGCUUCCAAAUGUGCGAGUGGCCAAUGUCCCGGGUGUGUGUAUUACCCAGGAGCCGGUCCUAUGCCAGUACUCAAGGAUCCGACUAAGCGUCAGACCGCGGACGUACAGUCUAAGCUGAUACCGUCCAUCUCCGAGCACAACUCUUUGCCGAUUUCAACUAUGCCUGGUUUGACUAAAAUUCCGCAUCUUGAAGAUACGCGGUAUAGCCAAAGUAUGCGGUCAGCAACUGCUGCACUAAUAACCAUGAGCUCGGCUGGAAGAGUGUUUCCUGGGGACCGACUACCACAAAGGAAUGAUCGUAGCCCUCCGAACCAUUCUCCCCGCGCCUCUCCCAAAAGUGAGGCUGACGAAAAGCCCCUUCAGUCAACGCUAUCGUGGAGAGCAGGGCUCAGUUAUAAACUGUGGAUGUCGCAGAGUGUGUCGAAAACGAAAACCGUACUGUAUCAACCAACAAUGUCUGAAGAUGCUCGAGGCGAUGACAGUGUACCUCGGUAUCCUCGCUGUGCAAGAUGUCGGAAUCAUGGCGUAGAAUCAAUUUUGAAAGGACAUAAGCGAUUCUGUCAAUGGAAAGACUGCUCCUGUUCAAAAUGCAGCUUAAUAAUUGAGCGACAGCGCCUGAUGGCGGCGCAAGUGGCGCUAAAACGGGAGGAGGACGAGGCAACACCGCCAGCGCCCACGGUGGUAGGCCAGUUUCGGAACACUGCUGUCAGCGUGGACCCCGGCUGUGUAAUGUACAGGUCAGAAGCGACGGGUUCGAAUGAGGCAUUACCGAGUAUCAUAUGUUCAGCAACUGUACAGUUCGAUGCAAACAAUAACACAGCUUUGAGUGAUGUUGAUCCAGCCAUAACUGAGGAGGCGAGAAUCACCAAACACUCUUCGCUUUCAUCGGCGCCAGGCCUAAAGCGUAAGUUCUCGGAAAUGGAAUCCUCGUAUCCCUCCCCCCCUGAGGCAGGAGAUGACAGUGUAUUUUAUGACAGUGAUGACACAAACGGCGAAACAAAUGAUUACAUCCGGGAAUACAAAGAGCCAGCUAAUCACCCUACAGAACGAGCUUUGACUCAUACGGAUGACAGCACCAAUGAGAAUCUGAGGAGUCCUGGAAACCAGAAUCAAAGCUAUCAAGGAAGACUGCAUCCGCUAGAGCUCCUUACCAGACUCUUCCCAACUCAGAAGCGGAGUGUGCUGGAGCUCAUUUGGAAAGGUUGUCAUGGAGACGUAUUGAGAGCAAUAGAAUGUGUACUUCCGAGUCAUGAAAAAGCAAUGGCUUCUCUUAACUCACCUGAAAAUCCUGUGAUGCACUACGCUGCAGGAAUGCAUCCAGGCUUUAUUACUCGCCAAACCCGACCUCCUUACCAAGGCCCUGUGGGACCUGCACCCGCACGCUAUCAUAUCUAUGGUACGGCACCAGGAUUCUCAUACCCCAUGGUCGAGUAUCUACAUCAUCAAAAGCGCAGCCUGGGACAAAACUGUGCAGUCAAUGACAAUGAGCUUGCAUAUAGUAUGGUUCAGGGUAGUGAACAAACCAAUAUUGUGGGAAAAGUUUGUCCGGAAUGUUCGACUAAGUGUCAGCCGAGCAGUAACUUUUGCAGUUCGUGUGGCAAGUGUUUUAAAGAGACAUAGUUACUAAAAAUUGUUUGAAUUUAAGAAAAUUUUCCAAAUGACGGUGUAUCUGCGCACAGAGGCAAAUAUUACUUGUAUUGAAAUUUAGCUUGAUGUACCACGACUAGCUUAAGGACAAAGCUGAAUUCUUUGGUUCUAAUUCACUAAUAAAACGUUUUGACGCCUGUGAGAAAACCUAAAGAGUGUCCCCGCGAAGUCGGCAAGACAGGGGGGGAGUUCUCUGAGUUGUCAUGCGUGAAUUUUUCCCUCGGCCCCUUAAUGGAGGAGCCAUGCAACUUAAGUGAGUUUUUUGUUACUUGUGUUGAUUAAAAGAUCAUUAUAUUUAUCUA